UUAAAAAAAUUCAAUUAUCUCUGAGUGAGAAGUGAGAACCGAAACUGUAAGGAAGAAAAUUGGGGAAGCCGGAAGAACAAAAGAGAAAAAAGCAGAUUCAGCAGAUCCGACAAAUAAUUCGUUCGAUCCGCUCCUUGUAUCUGUUUCUCCGCCCAGAGAUUCCAGCUAUAAUGGCUUCUCCAUCGGCGUUUGCUUUACUAUGCUUUCUCUCCCUGCUACUCAACGUCACUCACUGCAAAACCCUAAAGAGAGACGUGAAAGCCUUAAAUGAAAUCAAAGCAUCUCUUGGAUGGAGAGUUGUCUACUCCUGGAUUGGAGAGGAUCCUUGUGGAGAUGGCGACCUCCCACCCUGGUCUGGCGUCACAUGUUCCACGCAGGGUGGUUAUAGGGUUGUAACCGAACUAGAAGUUUAUGCAGUUUCAAUUGUUGGGCCUUUUCCCGUUGCUGUAACCAAUCUGUUGGAACUGACAAGACUGGAUCUUCAUAAUAACAAGUUGACUGGGCCAAUUUCUCCUCAAAUUGGACGGCUGAAAAAUCUUAGAAUCCUUAAUUUAAGGUGGAACAAACUACAAGAUGUCAUUCCUCCUGAAAUUGGUGAACUAAAGAAGCUGACACAUCUGUAUCUGAGCUUCAAUAAUUUCAAAGGGGAAAUUCCUAAGGAGCUUGCAAAUCUGCCUGAGCUUCGUUAUCUCUAUCUUCAUGAAAAUCGCUUUACAGGACGGGUCCCACCAGAAUUGGGCACACUGCAGAAUCUUCGGCACUUAGAUGUUGGUAAUAAUCAUUUGGUGGGCACCAUAAGGGAGCUCAUCCACAUUGAAGGAAGCUUUCCUGCUCUUCGUAACCUGUACCUAAAUAAUAACUUUCUGACGGGAGGAAUACCGGCACAGCUUGCGAACUUGACAAACUUGGAAAUAUUGUAUUUAUCUUACAACAAGAUGUCUGGACCAAUACCUUCAGGGCUUGCCCAUAUUCCUCGGUUGACUUACUUGUAUUUGGACCACAAUCUAUUUUCAGGGAGAAUUUCAGAUGCAUUCUACAAACACCCUUUCUUGAAAGAAAUGUAUGUUGAAGGAAAUGCAUUCCGGCCAGGUGUAAAGCCAAUAGGUGUUCACCAGGUCCUUGAACUAUCAGACACAGAGUUCUUAGUUUAGCUAAACUAUCUUCAUAUUCUUUAUUUGUUUAGGGAUGUUUUAGUAUUUUUUGUAGCACAAGAUUAGGGUUCUUGAAUGAAAUGGGGAAUUUGUUCCUAUGUGCUUCUUCAAUCUUCAUCCUGUCGAAGGACUGCCUUAUAAAAUAUCCUUGGCUGGUCUUGGUGUAGUUAAGAAGAAAAAAGCUGCUUGUAUUGUAUAUUAACUUCAUAUAAAUAUAGAUGUAGUUCAUAUUGGAAUAA